AGUGACGCCAACAAACGACGAAGAGGGAGAAGACGAGAAGAAGAGAAGAAGAGAAGAAGAGAAGAAGAGAAGAAGAGAAGAAGAGAAGAAGAGAAGAAGAGAAGAAGAGAAGAAGAGAAGAGAAGGAGGAGAAGAGGAGAAGAGGACAUGCAAUAUUAACAAGGGGUGAGGUUACAUUAGCCAGGAAGAAAAUUCAAGACAAGCUGAAAAGCAGAAGGAAAAGCAAGAAGAUCAGAAGAUGACGGAGUGAGGAAAAGAGAGAAUAGAUUUCCAUCCAAGAGUGAAGGCCUCCUCAAAUCUCUGCAGUACAAAUUUCUUUUACAAGCUGGAAAUUGAAAUUUCUGUGCGACGUGAAAGCGGAAUGCGAGAUUCAUGGACGAGCGCGCUCAUGCGUUGACGGGCUUGAGGGAGGUCCGAGGAACAGGAUUCUUGUGGAUUUGAAUGUUGUGAGCUGAACACGGUUGUCCGACAUGUUUCAACGACUGUUUCAAGCAAUCCAAAGCUUGAGAUCAAGAAAAGGCGUGCUCUUCUUCGCUUGGAUCUCUAUCUUUGUCUUCGUAUGCGCUCUCUUGGUCAUCAUCGUUGCAAAGUCACUCCCAAAGUGCACCAGCACGAGCAUGCCUUGCAUCCUAGGCCAGACGGGUGGUUGUCUGUGCAGUAUACGGUCAUAUGACGGGUCUUGCUGGUUGCGAACGACCUCGCUGAUGAAAUGUUAUACAACCACAAUCGUAGUCCCGUCGGGAACAUGUCAAGGUAGCUACACCACUCGGUUAUGU